AUGGAGCCGCCGGCGACCGAUCUUAGGAAGGGCAGCUCUAGCGGCGACAGUAAACCCGAAGCGGCGGGGGCGGCUGUGCCCCGGGAGCGGCCGGUGUCGGUGGCAGCGGUGCUCCCUGCCGGAGGAAGCGGAGAGCGCAUGGGCGGCGGCACGCCGAAGCAGUUCUGCGCCUUGCUGGGGAGGCCGCUCGUGAGCUACACGGUGCGGGCGAUAGAAAGAAUCAGCUGGAUAUCUGAUAUUGUCGUGGUGGUGUCCUCAGAAAAUGUUGAAAUAAUGAAGUCUAUUGUAAAAAAAUAUGGGCACAAGCGGACAACAGUGGUCGAAGGUGGAAUAACUCGUCAUAGAUCGAUCUUCAAUGGAUUGAAAAUAUUUGUAAAAGGCAACCAGCUUGGUUCCUCACUACAGAAACCAGAAGUAGUAGUAAUCCAUGAUGCUGUCAGACCAUUUGUUGAGGAGGAGAUUCUUUUUAAAGUAGUUAUGGCUGCCAAAGAACAUGGGGCAGCAGGAGCAAUCCGUCCUCUUGUCUCCACUGUUAUUGCUUCCUCUGCAGAUGGAUGUUUAGACCAUUCACUAGAUCGUGCCAAGUACAGAGCAAGUGAAAUGCCUCAGGCUUUCUUAUUUGAUAUAAUCCAUCAAGCAUAUCAUCAGUGCAGUGACUAUGACCUGGAUUAUGGAACAGAAUGUUUGCAUCUGGCUCUAAAAUACAGUAAAACGAAUGCUAAACUUAUUGAAGGAACCCCUGACUUAUGGAAGGUGACCUACAAACGGGAUAUGUAUGCAGCUGACUGUUUAAUUAAGGAUGCCAUAUCACAACAAGUUUGUAUUAUUACUGAUAUAAAGGAAAAUACUGUGCAAGUAGGAUUUCUCCUUCACGAAACACUGAAGAAUCAUGUGAAACUCGUUAAAGGAAUAUCAAGAUCCCUUUUUAAAAAUGAUAACCAUCUACAAAGUAUCUUACUAGGACAGUGCUACAACUUUAUUUGCAUAAAUGAUAAACUGUCUGACUUUCAAGAAACCCAUCAGCUAGUGGACCUACUCGAAAACACAAAUGCUUCUGUCUUAUACUCCGUUGUUCUCAUUUCGGUACACUUGAAUGUUUUAGAAAAUGCAUCUUUUAGCAGUGAAAUGCAAAGCUUAACUAAACUUGCAAAGGAAAUAAAACCGAAAAAUAUUUUGCUUUAUGGACUUGUCAUACAUUACCAAAAGGACAAUGUGAAGCUUCAAGAGACCAUGGAUUCAGCUGCUGCACUUAUGAUGGCGUUAAUAAGGGACCGAAAUCCUGUCUUUGUGGGCCAGCUUCUAGUGGCAUGAAAAGAGAUGAACAAACAUUUCAAGCAGCCGGCUUCCUAAAAACUUACUGAUAAAUGAAAAUGCAGACUUUUUAACCUUUGUGAUAGAAAUCUACCAGUCUAUUUAGGAUGACAUUUGAAUAAGAAGGAGAUUUUAUAUGAAAUAUAGUUACUGUACAGUACAAAAGAUUAUGUCGUAUGCUGCUUUUGGACAGAAAGAAUGGAUAUGAAACAUGAUAGAUAAAUCAGGUUAUCUAAAGGGCUAUAAUUGUACUUACAAAAUUAUUAUGAGCAUGAUCUAGCUAAACUGAAGUAUUUUUGAGUACACUUAUUCCAAGGGGGAGAUUUAAGCAGAUGCACAACUCUCCUUUUGAAAUAAGUGGGACUAACUGCAAUCCUAUACAUGAUUACUUAGAAAUAAGCUGCAUUGUAUUCAAUAGGGCUUAUUGCCUAAUAAGUGUGUUUACAUACAGAGAGGAGGGAGGAAUUUCUUUAGGUUGUUUUUAUUUCCUCAGUAUAGGAAAUUGUUCUUAUUACUGAUCAUGUCUCAAAAAUACUAUGUUCCUUUCCUGAUUUCUGCAAAACUACUCUUUAUGAAAUGUCACUAGAACAGUCAUUAAAUUUAUUUAGGGCACAAUCCUAUGAUUUCCACCCUUUGCUUGUAAACCACUGAAUUUGGAGGUUUAUGAGUAUCUAGGGCAAAGUGGCAGAGAUGAGUCACAGGUGAUUGUUGCUUCCCCGUCCUCCUGCUCUGCAUUUUGGGUAGACAGGCUCCCCCCGCAUCUAACUGGGGCAUUCUGGAGGGGGACAGAAGGAGGCUGGUGAUGCCUUGGGAUAUCUCAUAACCUGGUCUCUCC